AUGGCUUCUCAGGCCCGUGCGGUUCACAGGCCGUCGUAUGGACGCCGGCGAGCGCUCUUUUUGCCGUUCGAGGAGGCGAAGAAGUACAUGCGGGAGACAGUUGCUCUCAUUCGCAGCGCUGCAGAGUUCAAGGAUUGGAGUCGGUCCCCUUCUCGGCCUUCUUUCAUUCCUUCGAAUCCGCAUUCGGUUUAUCGCGGAAGAGGGUGGAAAAGCUACCCCGAUUUCUGCAGCUACCCUCUGUCAAAGUUCGAUCCCGCCAGCCCUCGCGUGUACAAUGUUUGCCCCAAAUUUGCUGCACUUCGGUGGGAUGCAAUACGUCGAACACGGGAGGCGCAGGGGCAUUUCUUUGCGAUUCUGCAAGAUGCGCUCCCAGAGUACCAGGCACAAAUGAUCGCUCGACAAAAAUCAUCAUUCUUCCUUUUUCGGAAAAUGAUUCCGACGAGCCAUCAAGUAGAUUCACGCCAUCCCCAUGGCGACCAGACACACGAGACGGCGACAAAGGGAAACACCUCUCGGAGAGAAAAGUGUGGAGAUGAAGACGAGGACGGGACCAAGUUCACAGCGUAUUACGAAGACAGGUGGAUAGCUGUUCAGCUGAAGUUCUCCGGCUGCGAAAGCUUCAAAAGACGUGCGGUGUUGCGGAACAGAUACUUGUUUAGUCGGGUGUCGCUACGUGACGACGUCGGCUUUGUCUUUUUGUGCGACGAGUCGGGAAAGUUUAUGCUCGGCCGUCCAGGCGAGUUCCAAAUCAAGGGACACAAGACACGCAGCGUCAUUUUGAAAGAUCUACAAUUCACCUCGAAAGAGAUGCUGCGGACUACCUUUGCAGCCUGGUGGAGCACUUUGAGGAGACGCAAACACGCAGAGUGGGUCGCUUGCCUCUCGUCGUUGUCUUCGCGCGAGCAGAGGCAUUUGGCUUUCAGCGAAACUCUAAACCGACUCCUGUACGUUCCACUUGGCAUCAAAGCGGACACUGGGAGUCUUGUGGACACAAAUGUUGACGGCAACGUGCGACUGAAUGGCGUUUGCUGUUUGCAGCGCGUCGCAACGAGGAUCUACACGGACUGCCCGGCUCGUGCAGGAUACAUUUUUGAUAUGCACAGUAGUAGUGGUGGAGGGUACUUACAGGAGGCGACGCGCAUCCGGUUGCACCGGAACCAAAGUCCAGCGAUACGUUUGUGGUAUUCCCGAGGAGACCGUCGACGAAGUCGAUGCUUGUUUAGAAACGGUUGA